GGCGCGCUGGCUCGUGGCUCGGUGGGCCCGGUUCCACGGGCCAGCUUUUGCCAUUGGGAGUCCGGCGCCGAGAGGGGACGCCGCGGCUGGGCGCUCGGUCAACCACUUGCUCUCACGCAGAGUCUCGGAGGGCAGCACGUGGCCAGCACCGAUCCGCUUCCUCGCCGCGGGGAGAGCUGGUGGCAGCCGCUGGUGCCCCAUGAGGAAGCGUCCCCGGACGCGUGCAUCCUCGCUGCACGCUCACGCUGCUUAGUCAUCGGAUCUGCGACAACACUGCGGGGUCCCCCGCCAGCAGCGAGCAGCAUGCUACUCCUGCUUGUGGUCUUCGGCACGGGCGUGUCAGGUAUCCUGGGAACGGCUUUCGGCGAAGACGGCCACGGCCGCUGCCUCCGAUGGGCCAGGGAGUUCGCCCGGAACCAGCAUGCCGAGACCUCGCCGUCCGAACCCAAGCUCGGGGGAACAUGGGUCUCUCAAGGGUGCGAGGUGCGGCCGGGCCCCGAGUUCCUGCUCCGCAAGUACCACUUCUACGAGGACGGCAGCUUCCAUCUCCAGCAGUUCUUCUACCUGGACAACUCGUGCACCGUGCCGGCGUACGCCCUGGACGCCUGGGGAAAGCUGCAGCUGUCCCGGCCCUCGUGGGUGGUGCCCGGUGGCACUGAGGCCGAGGCCGAGCUCAGUCGGGUCCACGUCGUGCCGUACACCGCCGACAUGGCCGACCGGAUCGCCCAGCGAGUCAACAGAUCGUGUCCAGGCCAGGUAAUGCGGUCCUGGAGGGCGUACCGCAAGUACCGCGUUCUUAGUUACACCGAGAACAAGACUGCCAACAACAUCGUCUUGGAGGACAUCGUGUGCACGGGUGGUCUUCAUGUUACCGUGAACGAACUCCAGCUGAUUCGCAUAGUUCACCAAGGACCCAAGCUCUUUCGCCACCAAUCUGAAGCCACUACAGCCGAGCUCUUCUUGGGCGACAUUCACACGGACCACCGUAAGAAGCUCUCCUAUCGGCCCACCUCGUACCAGAGCUCCCUUCUCGAUGCCAACGCUCCAGGAUGCCACGUGUGUCACCUGGUGUCGAAGGCGGGUGACCAGUCACCGCCACAGCUGCCACCCAAGCCCCAACUGCCAGUCUACCUGUCCGGCCAGUGGCUGAGCAUGCGCUGCGAGGUGCGGCCCCUGGGCCUGUUCCUGACGCGCACCUUAUGGUACCACGUCAGCAACAGCAGCUGGCGCGGCUGGUACCAGUACUACCGGGAUCCCAACUGCAUGCAACCCUGGUUCCUGCUCCGGGUCGAGGGUAUUUUUAGCCGUGCGGGGCCGUCGCUCCGCCUGCGCGGCGCCACCAACUACGACUUUCAGCUGCUCACGGCCGAGGUGACGCCUCAGGACAGAGGCAUCGUGAACAACCUCAACUCGGCCUCCGAAGACGGACGCUGCGGGGGUCCCUGGUUUCUCAACCGACCCCAGGACGUGACCCUCGCCGGCGGCUGCUACCUGCUAGGCCUGUCAGUGCCCAGCACCAAGUAUGAGGUGGUCAAGAUGGAAGUGGACAUGUACGGAAACGCGCUGCUCUUCCUCGGCGACGUGGACACGGACGGCGGGGUGACGCUGCCCGAGCGACGCGCCACGGCCUACCAGACGCCGCUCAUCCAGUGUCGAGUAUUUCCUGAACUGGUUACUGACAACGAGGUGUACAGCCUGCCGCGGGCCCAGCUCGUGUCUAUGGCCGAUGCCGGCGCCCCGCGCUGCAGGCCCUGGAAGGCGCCGCUGGUCACUCUGGUGCCGCUCAUGUUGAUCCGGGCCACUCGAGCGUACUGACGCUGACGUCACCACGUUGUACACUGAGAUCAGAGGGACGCGGCCUGGUCAGACAACCAAUGAGCGAUUCCAUCUUUGCUCCGGGAGACACAGCGUCGGCCCGAAUAUCCUUGAUGCCUGGUCGGAGUCCAAGCCGGCCUGAGUGUUUUCGCGAGGGCGCGUGCAACGAAGCUAUUGCUGGUGAAGUGGGAACGAUCACCUCCACAGGUGCGGAAGGGUGUCGAAGGCGUAUUCCUCUCGCUGAGCACUGAGCUAGUACAAUGUCUGGAAACCUAGAGUACCGUGGGACUCUCGGCUACACUGUGUGCGGCGGUUUUUUGCAGCUGCCUGAAUGGAAGGCUCGCACGUCGAUGUAUGUAGCUUAGACUCCAAGCGUAUCCACGUAAGUGUCUCUGAAACGGUGCGAAAUACAUAUAUAAGUGUAUGUUUACGUGAAAAGCGAAUUACGUUCGCACAUUGUCGUGGGGGCUCUGUAGAAGAAUACCUGUAGAACAGAAGCUGUUGUCGGCGUCCUUGUUCAUACGAGAUGCGCUCCGUGUUUUUUCGAUGUGCGUGUACGUGUCUUCAGCUUUGUUCUAGACCAUUCAGUUGACAGCACUGCGCCGUUGUAGGUGCGAGUCUUAUCCAAAACGAAAUUUCCUGUGUGCACCCGUUCACCCUAAUACUAAGCAGAAGUAGAGGCGCCGGCGCACGUCAGUGUACCUUGUUGCAGGUCACAUAAGAUUUCCCUUCGGCGCUACUGGUAAGCAGUUCUCGACCAAAAGUUAACACAAGAAAUCUCAUAGUAAAUUAACCGACCUCUAAUGCAUCGUACAUCUCCUUAUGUAACACCAUGCUCUCUGGUCAUUUGUCACACAGGCAAACUGCCACCAUUCGUAAAGUUGGUGAUAGUGGAAAUCGAUUACAUUGUAGAGUUUAUUGAAAACAAGUGCGGUAUGCUGUGUCAAGUGUGUAUGCCCACGUCAAAGUAAUGUGCAAUUGGUGAACUACAGUUUCCGGAAUGUGAAAUCAUGGGGACGGUACACUUGACUGAUCUGAUAUUGCUGUAUUAGGCUUACCUGUACGUCUGAUACCCAUCAUUCAUCUAAAAUGAAACCGCGUGAGUUU